AGAGAGAGAGAGAGUGUGGUGUGGUGUGAUGGAGGCCAGCCUGACGUGCGCUGUGUGCCUGUCAGUGUUUGAGAGUCCCGUCACGCUGCCCGUCUGCUCCCACAACUUCUGCAAGAAAUGCAUCCUGGAGUGUGUGACCCGGUCCCUGAGCGGCCAGGACUGGAGCAGCGCCGGGGACGGCAACAUCUGGAGCAACAGCCAACUGGAGUGUCCUCUGUGCAGGAAAAACAACUUCAUCCCCGAGGGAGCGGCCAACCUGUCCGUCAACACCACCCUGCUGGAAGUGGUCAAGAUCUUCAGGGGUCAGAGGGAUGGUGGCUGUGGCUCUGCCCAUGGGGUGUGUCUGCUGGAGGAGGGGGAGGUAGAGGAGGAGGAGGAUGGGCUGCGGAGCGGCUCCCCUGCGGGAGGGCAGGGGGGCGCUGGGCUGCGGGCACUGUGCUCCAAGCACUCCCACAGAGACAUGCAGCUCUUCUGCAAGGUCUGCAAACUGGCUGCUUGCGGCCAAUGCGUGUCUGAGGAGCACACUGGGGUCUUCCACUCCGUCAACCUCGUGGACGUCACCUACCAGGAGGAGAAGCUUGCUUUCUUCAAUAACCUGAAGGAACUGAGGCAAUUAAAUGACAGAAUGAAGACUGAAAUUUCUGACAAUCCAUCUGUUAAAGAGAACAUUUUAGAGUACGAGGAGGAGAUGGUAAAGACCAAGUUUGAUCAGAUUUUGAAGAGAGUCCAAUUGAAGAAGGAGAAGCUGCUGGAUGGGAUUCAGAAGGAGAAGGAGUGGAAGUGGUGUGAACGCAAGGCUCGAUUGGAGAGAAGGCGAUCGCAACAGAGAACUGUCGUAGAGCAGCUGCAGGAGUGCGAGAAACUGGUGAAUGAAUGCAAUCCCAUCAACUUUCUCAUGGUGGCUUGUAACUUAAACGAAAGAGUGAAGAGCAACCUUGCUGUCAUGCCUAGUUUUAAGAAAUGUGGUGAAUUUGCUGGUCCUGCACCAAGACAGUUUUUAAUAACGCCUUUGCUGGAUAGCAUCUCUGAACUUGAAUUAACUGAGAUAAAAGAACCUACUUGGAAUUCAGAUACUGAUCAUUCUGCGGGUAAACACCACACGGAUGGUUACAAAUUCAAAAAACUGUUGAAAAUAUGGAAGCAGCCAAAGGAUGGUACACACGUCGAGUUUCAACCACAAUUGCGAUUUGAAUUUGAAUUCCCCCAUGGGGAACACAAUCACUAUUGUUUGACAGCAAUGAAGGAAUACCAGAAUAUGACUCUAGAGGAACUGCGCUACAACCAUUAUCAUUCCUGCAGAAAAGACUGGAACUGCUUUGUGUCUGAAAAACUGGUGGAUACAGAAAAUUUAGCAGCGUCUGCAGUGUCUUCUUCUGACAAUUCUAAAGAUUUCUUUAAAAAAUAUGACAGUGCCAAACAGUCUGGCACUAGGCAAUUUAGAGUGGGUCGAUGCGUGAAAAAGGUCUGUGAUCAGGCUGCAGGCAAUUCAGACUUGCAUUUGUCUCUUGACUCAGAGUUCCCUAUGAGAGACUCUAAGACAUCAACCCCCUUGGCUUAA